AUAACCGUCCUACGUCUGCUGUAGGAAACCUACAGAACGGGCCAGAUACUCCUUUUCUUGGAGCUAGCAGCAACAUAUUUUAAUUCGUGAACAAAAUAAACAAUUGUUUUGUGUUUGAGAGUUGGUCCUGUAUAUACGAGAGAUGAAAAUGACGUCAUUUUACGUAGCUGUGGUCGCAGUUUUCACGUGUAUCGGACUAGCUGUCAGUCAGGAAUGUGCCGCGGGAUGGGAACGCCAUGAAGACAGUUGUUACUAUUUUACCUUCCAUCCUCAAAGAUCGUACCAGGAAUCGGCCAGGGGGUGUGAGGAAUACGGUGCCCAUCUUUUAACGGUCAACACCAAGGAGGAGAUGACCUUCAUAUCUGAUUGGUUAACCAAACACGAUCAGGGCAGGGUUAACAAAUGGUGGACGAGCGGACACGUCAGGGGAGACAAUAUAGAGUGGAGUGGCGACGGUUCUAACACAUUAUCUUCCCCUGAAUACUGGGCAAACCUGACCACCAGUCAUGGGGGUGAUGUGGUCGUCUUCGCUUUUUCAGAGCUGGUGAGUGCCUACAGAUGGGACCGUGAGAGGCCAGAGAGUCAAUGCUCGCAGGUGUGUGAGAUAAGCGUUAUGGAGAGCUACAGGAUCACACAGAGAGGACGGGACUUUAUGUACGGGACCAACAUCACGGACCCCAAUGAGAUCAGAUAUGGACCACAGUUUUUCAACGAGCCCAAGUCAACCGUGGUCAUUGGACGAGUCAACGAAGUGGUCAUCGAGUGCAUAGCAAGGAGCAACCCACCACCCACAUACAAGUGGUUCAGGAAAUACAGAGCUGAGCUACCGGCAGUGGUGUCCCCUGAUAAGCGCUACGUCAUCACUGACGGGAGGCUAAUAAUAACGAAACCGGAAGCCAAUUUUGACCAAGGGAGGUAUCAUUGUGUCGCAUCUAAUGAGCUUGGUGCGGCCAUUUCGGAGUCUGCUGAGAUCAGCUUUGGAUAUCUUAUGGAGUUCUCAAAUGAUCCGCAAGGCAUUGUAAUCGCCAAGAUGUACAGUGGGACUAAUAUCAACUGCAGGCUUCCAGCUUAUAGUCCAGCUGUUAACAUCCGGUGGUACAAGGAAGAUGGUGGACCCAACUUUUUACGAACAGAUCUUCAUCCUCAUCAGUUCGUUUCCACAAAUGGGAAAUUUUAUUUAUCUGAAACUUCCAACCAAGAUGCUGGUUACUAUCAUUGUGUGGUAACUCUGAUUCCCAAAGUUGGUCAGAUUUUAGCCACAAAUCAGCCACCAAGCAGAACCAGUUUGGGCAUCCAGCUGGCCAUUACUGGAGAUUCUCCAAGGGAUUAUGGUCCAGAAAUCCAUGAUGAUUUUCCUGCUGUUUUCCCUCAUCCAACAUUGAGAGGAGAGACAUUGACAAUUGAGUGCUUUGCUUAUGGAAAAUUACCUUUGUAUUACUCCUGGAAAAAAGACAAUGGCCCAUUACCCAACAAGGCAGUGAUAUCUGACCAUGGGCGUGUUGUAACUUUACCUGAUGCCCAACUAGAAGAUGCUGGGAACUACACCUGUAGGGUAGAGAGGGGAAGCAGUGGUGUGGCUGAGAAGUCUUUGAGUUUAAUUGUAGAAGCCAAGCCAUUUUUCAUAACACCAUUGAGACAUCAUCACAUUGACAUGAACUGCACUUUCACAUGGCACUGUGAGGCUGCAGGACUUCCUAAACCUACUUAUUCGUGGUACAAGGAUGGUCAGGUGAUCAACAGCUCCAGUAGCCACAUACAAGUUCGAGGAAAUAUUUUGAAGAUUGAUAGAGCUGAUACUGUACACCAUCAAGGAAUGUACCAGUGCAGUGCUAGUAAUGUACAUGGUACAACAAUGAGUACAGCACAGAUUAGAGUAUUGUCCUUUAAGCCAUCCUUUGCCAGACAUCCAGUCAACCCAUCUCAAAUGGGAACAGAAGGGGGGACAAUCACAAUGCUUUGUCAGCCAGAGGCCGCUCCUGCUCCGAAUAUCACCUGGUAUAAAAAUGGAAUGGCUUUACCCAUAAGCUUUGAUGCCAAUGAGAGGUUGGUUCAGCUAUAUAAUGGUAACUUGAUGAUAAAAGAGUUACACAUCAGUGACAAGGGAAUCUAUGAAUGCAUGGCUGUCAACUACCUGGGGGCAGCUAGAAGCUCAGGGAUUCUCACAGUGGUGUCCCAAACAGUGUUAACCAGGGCACCAUCUGACACGCUGGCAACAGUAAACACAACAGUUUUUUUAGAGUGCCAAGCUUCUUAUGAUAAACGAAACAAAGAUCUAGUUUACAUAUGGGAUAUGAACGGGAGAGAAAUAAACUUUGACAUAGAUCAUCAUUUUAAACUGGGUGAACAGGGUGAAGUGACAGGGUUAUAUAUAAUCAGUGUACAGACUUACCACACAGGCAUGUAUGGAUGCACAGCACAAACAGUUGAUGAGUCCAUUAGGAAAACAGCAUAUUUAGAAGUAGCUGGGCCUCCUGGAGAAUGUGCAGGAGUUGUGGCAGUUGUUAAUGGCAAUAAUGCACUCAUAAAAUGGGUGCCUGGACCAACAAACAGUGCAGACAUCACCAAGUUUGACAUAGAGUUCAGCACAGAUUUUAACAAGUCCUGGAGAAUGUUGAAGAAUGAUAUCACAUUUGUAGAGGCAGUAGAUAGGAUCAGAAAUGACAGGUGUAUCUACAAUGUCACAGGUUUAAAACCUGGGUCGUCAUACAGGUUCAGGCUUGUUGCCUACAAUAGGUUUGGUCCAGGUCCACCUUCUCUACCUUCGGGUUUUUAUAAGAUUCAAGAUGCUGCACCAGUUACAACAGUGACUGCUAUCAGGGAAAACUUUGGGCCUGUUGGAACCUUGGUCGUAGAAUGGGAUCUACUGAACUCGGAAGAUCUUACAGGGGAUAAUGUAGGAUACAGAAUUUAUUACAGGAAAAAAAGUUAUAGCAAUGAUACAAAAUGGAGCCAGGGUGAAGUUUCAGGCCAUUUUAACCAAUUCUCAGCUUUGGUAGGAAUAGAAAAUUAUUAUUUAGAAUAUGAAAUCAAAAUUUGUGCUUUCAACGAUCAUGGGCCAGGUCCAAAUUCAUCAGUGGAAAUCAUUAUGUCCCAGGGAGAUGUGCCACUGGCUGCAGCCACCAAAGUCUUUGUAAAACCCUACAACAGCACAGCCUUGAAAGUUUUCUGGACUCCUGUGCCUCUGGUCCGUGAAGCCAUUAGAGGAAAGAUGGUGGGAUAUGGGAUUAAUUACUGGCUGGAGGGGGAGGGAAUGGACUCGUCCAACGCCUACUGUGUCGAGGACUGUGGGUACGCCCUGCUGGUGGGGCUGGAGCCACGGGGUCAUUACUGGGUCAACCUUCAGCUGUACACCAUGGCGGGCAUGGGAGCGCCCAGUGAAGAUUACUAUCAGUACACCUAUCACAGUGCUCCCCUCAACUACCCCGAGUACGUGCAUGUGGCGUCAUACGACAGCAGAUCUGUGAGGGUCAUGUGGAGGGGGAUCACGACUGGAAGUAAUGAGGAAGUGCUGAGGGGAUAUAAGAUAAAAUGGUGGUCAGCCACAGAGAAUAUACGCACAGCAAAUGAAACAAUCAUACCAAACAGACAGACAUUCGGUGUAGUACACGGCAUCGGACCCAACACAGUCUACGCUCUACGAGUAAUGGGAUUCAGCCGAGGUGGUGAUGGUAAAAAUAGUCCAACAGUUUAUUUUACUCUGGAGGGUCAAGUCAUGUACAACCCAGAGACCACAGAAAUUUUAAACUGCUGCCCGGGAUGUUUCUCCAAGCUACAUGUUGUGAUUUUGUUAAUUUAUUGUGUCUCUCUCACCUGGCAUUAAAUCAAUUUAUUUUUAGCACUAAAAUUACCUUGUAAAUACGGAGAUGAAUUGUGUAUAGUUUCAGACUGAUUUUAAUUGGAAAAGUAGUCUAUAGAGGUAGGCCUAUAGUAGUUAUGAACACAAAAGGGAAAUACUACAGUAGUUAAGUAUAUAUUUAAUAUACAAAUAUAUAUGUAUAUUCUAAUCAGUGU